CCCUCCCCUCCGCCUCGCUUCGCUUGCCUCGUCACUUCGUCAGUCGUCACCUCACGCUCCGUCCCACCGCCACCAAUCGCACUCGCAGUUGGCGCGCGCUCGCGUCCAAACCAAGCAAACCCCCCAAAACCCUAGCCUCCGCCGGCGCCGCCACCGGCCGGCCUCCUUCCCUCCCUCCCUCCCUCCCUCACUCAGACCCCUACCCUCGCAGCACCCUUAACCCUACACCCUCUCCCGCCGCCGCCGCCGCCGGAGCAGGGAAAAAAAAAUGCCGCGCGAGAUCAUCACGAUCCAGGUGGGGCAAUGCGGGAACCAGAUCGGGAUGGAGUUCUGGAAGCAGCUAUGCCUCGAGCAUGGCAUCGGCAAGGACGGCCUCCUCGAGGACUUCGCCACUCAGGGGGGCGACAGGAAGGAUGUCUUCUUUUACCAGGCUGAUGAUCAGCACUUCAUACCCAGGUCUCUGCUUAUUGACCUGGAGCCGAGAGUGAUCAAUGGAAUUCAGAACAGCGAGUACAGGAACCUGUACAACCAUGAGAAUAUAUUUGUCGCUGAGCACGGUGGUGGUGCCGGGAACAACUGGGCCAGUGGGUAUCAUCAGGGUGAACAAGUUGUUGAUGAUAUCAUGGACAUGGUUGACAGAGAAGCAGAUGGAAGUGAUAGCCUUGAGGGUUUUGUCCUUUGUCACUCUAUUGCUGGUGGAACUGGUUCAGGUAUGGGUUCUUAUCUAUUGGAGACACUGAAUGAUCGAUACAGUAAAAAGCUUGUGCAGACAUAUAGUGUUUUCCCAAAUCAGAUGGAAACAAGUGAUGUUGUCGUCCAACCUUACAACUCACUUUUAACUCUGAAGCGGCUGACACUGAACGCUGACUGUGUGGUUGUUCUUGACAAUACGGCUCUUAAUAGGAUUGCUGUUGAGCGCCUUCAUCUAUCAAAUCCUACUUUUGCACAAACAAACUCUUUGGUCUCUACUGUUAUGUCUGCAAGCACAACUACUUUAAGGUAUCCUGGAUAUAUGAACAACGAUCUGGUUGGCCUUCUUGCCUCCCUGAUCCCCACUCCAAGGUGUCAUUUUUUGAUGACAGGUUAUACUCCAUUGACUGUUGAGCGCCAGGUUAACAUGAUACGCAAAACGACGGUAUUGGAUGUUAUGAGAAGACUUCUGCAGACAAAGAAUAUAAUGGUGUCAUCUUAUGCUCGGACAAAAGAAGCUAGCCAAGCUAAAUACAUCUCCAUACUGAACAUCAUUCAAGGGGAGGUGGACCCUACACAGGUCCAUGAGAGCCUGCAAAGGAUACGCGAAAGGAAGCUUGUUAACUUUAUAGACUGGGCACCUGCAAGCAUUCAGGUUGCUUUGUCAAGAAAAUCCCCAUAUGUUCAAACAACCCACAGGGUUAGUGGUCUGAUGUUAGCAAAUCAUACGAGCAUCCGUCACUUAUUCAGCAAAUGCCUGGGGCAAUAUGAGAAGCUAAGGAAAAAGCAGGCUUUUCUUGACAACUACAGGAAGUUCCCAAUGUUUGCGGACAAUGAUCUCUCUGAAUUUGAUGAAUCUCGAGAGAUAAUAGAGAGCCUAGUUGAUGAAUACAAGGCCUGUGAGUCGCCAGACUACAUUAAAUGGGGAAUGGAGGACCCUGGAGAGGCAAACGUUGCGGCAGCACUUGACUCUAAGUUGGUAGUGUAAAUGUAAAGGUCCUGUUGGUCAUCCAAAGAUGCUACUGGCACUAUCUUGUAGUCAUCAGUUCGACGCCGCCUGCCUAUCUAGAUCCUAUCGGAGUGCAGCCAAAGCGGGUUAUGAAGUUAUUUCGACCUCAAAGUUUGUCUUUCUUUAGUCUGUGCUAUGUAUAUUUUGAAACCCACUUGCCCUGGCCUGUGUGCAUUUUCCCUUUAAGGUCUUGUGACUGCGCUCUUUGGUGGUGAUGGUGAUGGUGAUGUUUUCGGUGUCCUUUAAGGCUUCGAUGCUGAUAGUUCCAAUUGUGCCGAGUGUUCCUUGCUGAUGACUUAGAAAGAGUUUUAGUUGAUCUAAUUUGUGGGCCUGGUCCCCAUCCUGUGAUGCUGUGCAAUCGUCUCUGGCAAUGUUUUUUUAGCUUGUUGGGUAUGUAAACAUGAUUUUUUUUUCUCUGAAGAGAGCAUUUACUGUCUUAAAGAGGGGACAUGGUCACAUAGAAGUACGAAGGUGGAAUGGCUCCAUCUUCUUGUGGAUCUGUAAAAGCUAGUAUUGAUUCCCAUCGUCUACUGAUUACUGAAGUUUCUGAAAUCGCCUUUUACUAAAUUAUGUUGUUAAUAAAAUAUGAAAAUUGGU